AUUGUGUAUGUGUGUAGUGUUGCUGUGUCAGUGUGUGUAGUGAUCGCCGUCUCUCAGCUGUAAAAAUGUCCGGCAGUAACUCAUACAGACUGCGCUCUUCUCUCCCGGCGCACGACAUGGAUGUCCGGGGUCUUGCCGCUGUCGCCUUCCCGGACGGAGCGUUCGUGUCGGUGUCCAGAGACCGGACCGCGCGGGUGUGGGUACCAAACCCAAGUGAAAACCAGAGUUUUACAGAGAUGCACUGUAUGAACGGCCACUCAAACUUCGUGUCAUGUGUGUGUAUCAUCUCUCCUAAUGAAACGUAUCCACGAGGACUCAUCGCCACCGGAGGACACGACAACAACAUCUGCGUGUUUUCACUGGACCGACCAGACCCCCUGUUUACCCUCAAGGGUCAUAAAAACACAGUCUGCACACUCUCUGCUGGCAAGUUUGGCACAAUAUUGAGCGGCUCAUGGGACACUACAGCCAAAGUGUGGCUUGGAGAGAAGUGCAUGAUGACUUUACAGGGACACACCGCGGCUGUUUGGGCCGUGCUCAUUUUACCAGAGCAGGGCUUGAUGCUGUCUGGGUCAGCUGACAAAACCAUCAAGUUAUGGAAAGCUGGUCGCUGCGAGAAGACCUACACUGGUCAUGAGGAUUGUGUGCGAGGACUGGCGGUCAUAAAUGAUGUGGAGUUCUUCUCCUGCAGUAAUGAUGCCAGUAUCAGGCGGUGGAUGGUGACGGGUGAAUGCGUGCAGGUUUACUACGGUCACACUAACUACAUCUACAGCAUCGCCGUCUUCCCUAACGGAAAAGACUUUAUCAGCACAGGAGAGGACAGGACACUGCGGGUCUGGAAGGAGGGUGAAUGUAGUCAGACUAUUCGUCUUCCCGCUCAGUCGGUGUGGUGCUGCUGCAUUCUGCCUAAUGGAGACAUUGCUGUGGGCGCCAGCGACGGCAUUAUCCGCGUGUUCACUGAGAGCGAAGACCGUGUAGCCAGUGCACAGGACCUGCAGGCGUUUGAGGACGAGCUUUCUAAAGCAGUCAUCGACCCCAAGACUGGAGAUUUGGGGGACAUCAAGAUAGAGGAGUUACCUGGCAGAGAGCACCUUGAUGAACCAGGUAAUCGUGAUGGACAGACGCGGCUCAUAAAGGAGGGCUCUAAUGUUGAAGCGUAUCAGUGGAGCAUGAGUGAUGGACGCUGGAUGAAGAUUGGAUAUGUUGUUGGUGGUUCUUCUCAGCAGAGCUCAAAAAGAGUGAUGUAUGAAGGCAAGGAGUAUGACUUUGUCUUCACCAUUGAUGUGAAUGAGGGAGGUCCACCAAUGAAACUGCCUUACAAUGUGACGGACGAUCCCUGGCUGGUGGCGCACAACUUCCUGCAGAAGAAUGACCUGAGCCCCAUGUUCCUGGAUCAGGUGGCUAAUUUCAUCAUCGAAAACACAAAAGGCCACACUUUGGGUGCAGCUCCUGCCUCAGCCGCAGACCCCUUCACAGGUGCAGGGAGGUACAUUCCAGGUUCAGGAGGCAAUGGACAACAAUUUGGUGCUGAUCCUUUUACAGGUGCUGGUCGGUAUAUUCCUGGCUCAGGAUCCACAGGCACAGCACCUUCAGGCGGAGCUGAUCCUUUUACUGGUGGCAGUGCCUAUUCCUCUCCUUCCCUCCCAAAAUCUACAACAAACAUCUUUUUCCCCAAUACUGAUGGAGUCAUGUUUGAACAGUCAAAUACAGCUCAGAUUCUUGGUAAGCUUCGAGAGCUGAACACCAGUGCUCCUGCAGACCAUAAGCUGAGUGACGCUGCACUGGACUGUCUAGAGAAGUUGUUGAAUCUGGUUACAGAACUCCCUAAUCUGGAACAGCCCACGGCAGAGCAGAUAACUGUUCUCUGGAGGGCUUGCCACUGGCCAGAAGACAUUGUCUUCCCAGUGUUGGACAUCCUGCGCCUGGCUGUGCGUCAUCCAGAAGUAAAUGCCCAUCUCUGUGGCGGGACCGAGGGUGCCAGUCUUUGCAACCAUCUCCUGGGUCUGAUGUCUCCUGAGGGCAAAGCUGCAAAUCAAAUGUUGGCACUGCGCACUCUCUGCAACUGUUUCACUGCAUCCCACGGCCGGGCUCUCCUGUUGGGCCAGCGUGAUGCCGUCCUGUCUCGGGCCGGAGAUCUCCGCACCGUCUGCAACAAGAACAUCCACGUAGCGCUUGCCACCCUGGUGCUCAACUAUGCGGGACGGUUGUACGGUCAGCCGGCUGAGAUCGAGGCCAAGGCGCAGUGUUUGUCAGUGGCUAGCACAGCAUUAGAGGUGGUGCAGGACAAAGAGGCUGUCUUUAGGCUACUGGUGGCACUGGGGACCACAGUGUCCGGGGACAGCACUGCAAAGGACCUUGCACGAUCUUUGGGGGUCAACUCUCAGAUUUCUAAAUACGCCAGGGUCUCUGAUCCAGCUAAAGUCGGGGAGUGUUGUCGGUUAGUGCUGGAUGAACUGCAGUGAAUGCUGAAACGCUCUUCUCUUUCCAUUGCUCCCUCUUUCAGAGCUCUUAACCCUCAAUCUCUCUAUCAUUAGUUUGUAUUUAAAUUUUCACAUUUUGAUGCUGAAUGGAUCUGGAUGAAUGCAUGAUGUGAAUAAACACUGCUGAUUAAUCUAAA